UAAGAAUUAUCUACAUAGCUAUCAGAAUAUGUUCUUCAUGGUCAUUCUUCUCCUUUGUGUCCCUUCUACCUCCACCCAAAGUCACCCCCCACUCACCUACGCCUGUCGGACUGCUAAGAAAGCAGAAUGCAAUAAACUCCACUUCGUGCCCGGUCACAACCUUCUAGGAGAGGGACUGGACAUUGUGACAAUGAAGAAGACGAGAGCGUACCUGGUAAAUCUACAGAAGUAUGAAACCCCUGAUGAAACGUGCACUGUGUGCAACAACCCAUACAUGAAUAAAUCUUGGCAGAAGGUGCCCCUUGGUGUGGUAGAUUGGAAGCCCCUGUCGUACUGUGAGAGGAAGAUCAGCAGUGGGGUCUCUCAGACUGCAACGUCCUUAGCUGAGGAAUCUGCAUCCAAUGUGGAGAAAAACUGGGAGGCCGGACUGGAGCUCAAUCAUAAAUUGGCCAAUGCCAAGCUGGUACUGGCUGGAUCCCAGUCACAGCUGGCACAGUUUGCUCAAAGUAAGACCAGCAAUGACCGCUACACCUUCAUCAAGCAGCAGCUGAGUUGCCUCUAUUACAGCUUCCGCCUCUCGCACAGACCUCCGCUGACCAAUCACUUCUAUCAAGCCUUGAAAUCGCUGCCAGCCACCUAUGACACAAAGACCAAAGCACAAUAUAAUCACCUAAUCAGCAAUUAUGGGACCCAUUACAUCCGGCAGGCAGAUGUGGGGGGCCGAGCGGUAGAUGUCACUGCAGUCAGGACCUGCCGAGUGACCAUGGAUGGCAUGUCAAUGGAUGAGCUGAAGGACUGUCUGAGCCUGGAGGCCUCAGCUGCCGUCACCGGCAAGGUGGAAGCCAAUGUCAAAACCAGCGCGUGCAAAGAUCUGAGCCAGAAAGCCACCGAAGGACAAAGCUUCCACCAGACAUUCAAUGACAGGAGCUGGCAGAUAAGUGGUGGGAAAAUUACAUUCGAUCAGUUAUCCUUUGACAUAAAGAACACAGAAAGCGCCACAGCUUUUGACACAUGGAUGGACAGCCUAAAGACAAACCCUGAUACCAUCUCCUAUGCCCUGGAACCCAUCCACAAUCUUGUCAGAUUCAAAGGGCCACAAAAGGAGAACCUCAGGAAGGCCAUCAGUGACUACAUCAUGGGGAAGGCGCUAAGCGGGAAUUGUUCCUGCCCCGCGGGUUCCGUGCCGAGUGCUGGGGCAGAGUGUACAUGCGUGUGUCAUGGCGGUCAGGGAGGUCAAGGUAUGAGCACUAACUGUUGCCCUUCUAAAAGAGGACUAGCCAAAUUAGUGGUAACUAUACAGAAGGCCACAGAUCUCUGGGGUGAUUACGGAUCUAAGACCGAUGCGUAUGUGAAAUACAGUUUUGGGGUGCAAGGUGGUCAGACUCCGACAAUAUGGAACAAUAAUAAUCCUACAUGGAAUAUAAGGUUUGAGCUUGGGGUUGUACAACUGAGCUCUGCAUCCAUCUUGAAGGUGGAGGUUUGGGAUGAAGAUAACAGAUAUGACGAUGACUUGCUUGGGUCGUGUCAGAAACCCAUCGGCAGUGGAGAGAAGCCCGAGCUCUGUUAUCUACAGCAUGGGAGUGUGAUGAUUAAAGUCAGUGCACAAUGCAUGUCUCACCUGACCGGCCCGAGCUGCAGGGAAUACGUAGCUUCAACCAACUAGCGUUCUGUGGGUGUUUCCUAGCUGUCAGGUGCACUGGGAGGCAAUGAAAGGGAUAUAUACAAGAGCAUUACAAUUUCUAUGUGUAAUAUACAUCCACUCACAGUACAAUCUUAUCCUUGCCUAGAUAAUUGUAACCUACUGUUCUUCCGCCUAUCAACUCAAUACCUCUGCCACCUCCGUGUGCCAGUCCUAUACAAAAUCAAGUUCAAACUCCUCUCACACACCUUCAUCAGAACCCACAGUCUGCUGCUCUCUACAUCUAAUGCUCAAUAUCCACACAUUCACUCUCCUGUCCACUUCUCAUUGUCAAGGACUGUGGCCUCACUUCCUCCCUGAUCACCAUCUAUCCUUGUAUGAAGCAGAACCUUAUGGCUUGUUCCUAAAGUUCUUCAAACAAAGUGAAAGUAACAAAUGCCCAUUGUCUUAAGGUUUUUAACUUUAGAGCACGUCCACCAAGUAUGAUGCCAUGGGACUUGGAGGAACAAGCCAAGAAGCAUGGUAUCCUGAUGGGGUAUUUCAGUUGGGACAGUAGCAAUAGCCCGUACUUUUCCAGAAACUGCAAAUGGAGUGAUUGAGAGGACUGUUGAUGAUGGAAAAGGGCAAUGAGGAGAUGAGGGAUGAUUAGCGAGGUGCGAGGUAACAGGGUAGCAAACCGUUGCGUAAAACAAGGUUCAUGCAGAAGACUCUUAUUAUACCUUAAUUUGAAAUGUAAUCGAUUCAAAGUAAAGAUUGUUUAAUGGAAGAAUUAAAUGGUUAAAACUUUAAGUUUAAUUUAUUAAAUGCUAUUUGGUGUUGUCAUGCCCCCACUUUUGCAAAAAGGCCAAAAAGUUUAUUUAAAAAUAAAAAGUACACGCACAGUUUUGAAUUAAGCUUUGAAUAAAACAUUCGUGGCUCCCAAA